GUAGGGGGCAGCAGUAAACUUUAGUAGCCUUUUCUUUUUAUUUCAGUCGUAAAAAAAAGUAAAUUGUGUGGGUCGUUAGCGGACGCGUUGUGUUGUUGGUGGAAGGUUUUCGAUUUUGUAGAUAAACUAUCGAUAUUUUACAGUGAAAGACAUUUCUGAAUCCUGGCUUAAGCAGCAAUGGAGGUGCCAGCGCCCCCGGAGGAUCAGGAGCUGAGGAAUGUCAUUGACAAGCUUGCUCAGUUCGUGGCUCGCAAUGGGCCUGAAUUUGAGAAGAUGACUAUGGAGAAGCAGAAAGAGAACCCCAAAUUCUCUUUCCUUUUCGGAGGGGAAUUUUUCAACUACUACAGAUACAAACUUGCCUUCGAGCAACAGCCACAUUCUACUACACACGAUUGUGAAGAGUAUAAGUUGGAAGUGCAUUGUAAGCAGCAGGAUGCUCCAGACCCCCAGCCCCCAUUGCAGACCAUGGCUCCUCCGCCCAUUGCAGCAGCCUCUCCAUCCCUGGAAGAGCUCAUCCAGCAGAGCCAGUGGAACCUGCAGCAACAAGAGCAGCAUCUGCACACCCUCCGACAGGAACAAGUGAGCGCAGCGAUUGUCCUGGCGACAGAGCAGCAGACACAGAAACUGCUGCUGGAGACUCAGCUGGACAUGAGUGAAUUCGACAGCUUGCUGCAGCCAAUCAUUGACACCUGCACUAAAGAUGCUAUUUCAGCUGGAAAGAACUGGAUGUUUAACAACGCAAAGACUCCGCAGCACUGCGAGCUGAUGGUUGGGCACCUCCGCAAUCGCAUCACAGUGGAGGGGGCGCACUUCGAGCUUCGCCUGCAUCUCAUCUAUCUCAUGAAUGACGUUCUGCAUCACUGCCAGAGGAAGCAGCAGCGAGACCUCCUUGCAGCCCUGCAGAAGGUGGUGGUUCCCAUCUAUUGCACCAGCUUCCUGGCAGUAGAAGUGGACAAGCAGCAGAAAAUUGCAAGACUCUUGCAUCUCUGGGAAAAGAACGGUUACUUUGACGAGGCUACAAUCCAGCAGCUGCAGAGUCCAGCUUUGGGACUGGGACAGUACCAGGCUUCAGUAAUCACUGAGUAUGCUGCAGUCGUGCAGCCUGUUCAGCUGGCCUUUCAGCAGCAGAUUCAGACUCUGAAAACGCAGCAUGAAGAGUUUGUUAGCAGUAUAAAGCAGCAGCAGGUGGUGGUGGCGGCUGCGCAGCUGGGAGUAGCGGAGAGCGAGGGGAGACCUUCCACUCCAGGAUCUGCUGCAGCAAGGCAACCAGGUGAUGCCAAAGCAGCCCUGCCGCUUUCUGGGGAGUACGAUGCUGCCGAGGCUGGGGCGCAGGAUCCAGGAGCUGCACCCACAGCCGCCCGAGCGCCCGGCGAUCCCAUACCCACGUCCAAGCCAAACUGGUUCGACCCUCCGCACGGCAUUGCAGCCUGGGGACCGCAGCAGCAGCAACAGCCGCCGUUUGAGCAGCCUCCAUUCCCGCCUUCCCAGGCCCCCCCACCAUGCCCUCCGUGGAACAGCCACGAGGGGCUGUGGAACGAGCAGCGAGACCCCAACUGGAACAGCCAGCGCGAGGCCACACCCUGGAGCAGCCAGUCCGACUCCAGCUGGAGCAACCAGUACGAUACCCCCUGGAGCAACCAGCCGGACCAGCCGCCCUGGGGGCAGCGGGAAGCCCCCUUCCGAAUGCAGCGCCCCCAGCACUUCCGAGGCCCCUUUCCACCCCACCAGCAGCCCCCCCAGUUCAACCAGCCGCCCCAUCCGCACAACUUCACCCGCUUCCCACCGCGCUUCAUGCAGGAUGACUUCCCUCCCCGCCAUCACUUCGACAGGCCCCCCUACCCCCCGCAUCGCUUCGACUACCCACAGGGAGACUUCCCUGGAGAACUGGGUCCACCGCACCAUCACCCUGGACACCGAAUCCCUCCCCCAGGGAUUGGAGAGCACCCCCCCUGGGGCGGGCCCACGCACCCCGACUUCGGGGGGCCGCCGCCCCACGGGUUUAAUGGGCAGCCUCCUCACAUGAGGCGCCAGGGCCCUGCUCAUGUGAACCACGAUGACCCCAGCUUGGUGCCCAACGUUCCCUACUUUGAUCUGCCAGCUGGGCUGAUGGCUCCACUUGUAAAGCUUGAAGAUCAUGAUUACAAGUCCUUGGAUCCCAAAGAUAUCCGCCUGCCACCGCCCAUGCCCCCCAGUGAUCGGCUCCUAGCUGCUGUCGAGGCAUUCUACAGCCCCCCAUCGCACGACAGACCAAGGAACAGUGAGGGCUGGGAACAGAACGGCCUUUAUGAAUUCUUUAGAGCUAAAAUGAGAGCGAGAAGGAAAAAGGGGCAGGAAAAACGAAACAGUGCUCGAGCCAGCCUCUCACACAGCCGAUCCCAAAGCCGGGAGAGAUCCUCCUCCCAGUCCAGCUCCAGAUCUUCCAAGUCCUCACGCUCCUCCUCUGGAUCUCGCUCCCGAUCCCGUUCUCGCUCCCGAUCCUACUCCCGCUCGCGAUCCAGGAGCAGGAGUGGCUCCCGAUCCUCCCGCAGCGGCUCUCAAUCCAGAUCUGGGUCUCGUUCUCGGUCCCACUCUCCAGAGAAGAAGAAGAAGAGGAGGUCCAAGUCACGCAGUCCAACUCCACCUUCCACCUCUGGCCUUGGUGCUGCUCCUGCCCCCAUAAUACCAGAUCAGAGGCUGGGAGAAGAGAACAAAGGACACCAGAUGUUGAUGAAGAUGGGCUGGAGUGGUUCUGGUGGGCUGGGGGUCAAGGAGCAAGGAAUCCAGGACCCAAUUAAAGGAGGAGAUGUGCGGGACAAAUGGGACCAGUACAAAGGAGUGGGGGUGACCCUCGACGAUCCUUAUGAGAACUACAGAAGAAACAAAAGCUAUUCAUUCAUUGCACGGAUGAAGGCAAGGGAUGAAGUUCCAGUGCCCCAGGAUCCUCCAGACCCCCCGCCCCAGGAGUAGCAGUGACCUCUUGAACUCAGCGACCGGGUCACACACAUGCUCUGUUCAGCGUUCACAAAGAAUGGCCUUUUUCUGUUGUUUACUAAACACAAACAUCUGUUUUUAGAAAAUGUUUCCCUACAGCAAGCUGAGAAUAAUGUUUCUUCUUGUCGAGUCCCCUUGCCACCCCCCAGAUUUUAGAAAGGGCGUACUAAGAAAAAUUGUAAAAAUAGACAGACAAAUGUGUUGUGUGUUAUUUUUUAUAUAUACAGUAUAAUACUGAUGUAUUACUUUACCAUUGACUCCGUUUGAACAAGUUACAUAAAACAUUUUGGGCCACUUUUUGUUUAGGUAACUGAGAUUUAUUGUCUGUUAACUAUAAAAGCCAACUUGAAUCAAA